UGGAAAGACGUUACCCUCGCACGUCUCUUUUUUCCAGAUAUGCUCCUUCUUCUAUUUGCUCUACCUUUAGCUUCUUCCAGUCAAAUUGUUCUUUUACUUUCGAUGGAUCUCAAUUCGUCAAUGCAAAGCUUCCAUAUCAGCAGUAACUAUACCAAGAUUUUCAUGGAGGAUAAUUGGAAAUAUUUAGAAGAUACUAUUGUGAUAAAGAAUGAGCAGAACUUUUCAAUUAUUAUAGGACCACCUUUUGAAAGUCUAUGCAUUCCUUUAGCAUCAUUAGCAACCGUCUGGAACAUACCUCUGAUUUCUUAUUCAUGCUCUGAUAUUAAAUUAUCGAACAAACGAGAAUUUCCGACCUUCGUUCGAACUAGAUCCACCAUCCUCAGAACAACGGAUAUUGUAUGGAAGAUGUUACUGAAAUUUGGAUGGUCUAGGGUCGUUAUAUUGGCUCCAUCCUGCGAUCCAUUUUCUAGUACGGCGGAAGUUCUUGAAGAGUUUUUAACUUUGAAAAGCAUAAAAGUUUACCGUUCAGAUUUUUUUAAGACAACCUUCUACGAAGAAAAGAAAAAGAUCGAGGUAAAACGAAAUGAGCUGCUCAAAGCAAAGGAUUUGGCUCGUAUAUUUAUUAUUAUAGCUGAUGAACAGGGAACAUAUUCAGCUUUAGCCGAAUCCCUCUUUAUUGGUCUUUACAAGGCCGAAUAUGUCUUUAUGUCGAUCGAUUUUGAUGAGACUCAACUACAAUUAAACAAUAGCUUCAAUGGAUUUUUGAAUAUUCGUGCAAAGAGAGGAUCUCGAAGUGAUUUGCUCAAAGAUGCUAUAAGUCUAUUUGAAAGAGCGUCUAUAGAAGCUAAAAACGAUAAUCUUAUGAAAUAUUUACUAAAUAGCUCAUAUGGAGAUGGAAUAACCACCGACCAAAACGGUGAUAUCGUAACUGAUCGAGUUAUUUUAAACUACUGGAAUGGAAGUUGGAAAGAAGUUUUUAACCAAUCAGUGGAUAAACAGGAAAUAGUUCGUACUGGACCAGAAGUAAUUCAUUGGCCAGGUGGCCUAAUUAAACCUCCCAUUGGGGAACCCGACUGUGGAUGGAACGGAGAAAAGUGUACAAGUUCAACCUGGAUAGUUGGAGCUGUAAUACCUGCUGUUAUCCUCUUAUCGCUAUUACUAGGCUUUUCCGUUUAUAAAAUUAAUAGAAAAAUGAAACUAUCUGCCGAAUUAGCAAGUACUGCUUGGAAAAUCACAUUCGGAGACUUGGACAUGUCAAAAAUGCAUAGCAAAUCUAAUUUUGGUAGUAGGCUGAGUAGGGAUUUCGAUGAUAGCACUGAAAAUGUGGAUCAAACGUUGGCCAAAGCCAAGCAGAAACUAAAGAAGACGCCUUCUGUGGUAAAGGGUUUCGCUGUAUCCGAAGACCUUCGAAGCACGUCACAAAAGUCAUCGGCCGAGACCGAACUACGUAAGCUAAACAAUCAACCGCAAAUAUUUACCAAGAUUGGUCGAUAUCAAGGGAAUAUUGUCGCCGUUAAGAUGAUACAGAAACCGUAUAUUUAUCUAACUGAUGAGAUAAUCCACGAAUUAAAUGCUGUUCGGAAGUUACGACACUCGAAUCUUAAUCCAUUUAUAGGAGCCUGCAUAGAACCAAACAAAAUUUGCGUUGUUAGUCAGUAUUGUAAUAAGGGCAGUUUGCAAGAUGUUCUAGAGAAUGAUAAUAUUAAAUUGGAUUGGAUAUUCCGACUAUCCUUUUCUCACGAUAUCGCUCAAGGAAUGGCUGCUAUUCAUGACAGUCCUAUUAAGUAUCAUGGGAGGUUAAAAAGUUCAAAUAUAUUAGUUGAUUCUAGAUGGACGUGUCAUAUUGCUGAUUUUGGUUUACGAAAAUUUCGAGAAGGAGAAAGAUUAUACAACUUCGGAGAUCCUGCUUAUUAUUAUCAGUUGUUAUGGACGUCUCCUGAACAUCUAAGAGAGGAUGACGCGAAUAGAACAGGAAGUCCGAAGGGAGACGUAUAUAGUUUCUCUAUUAUCUUACAAGAAAUAAUCCAGAGAUCUGGUCCGUGGGGAAAUAGUUCGGAAGAUACAGCUGAGAUAGUUCGCCGUGUUAAGAGAAGUGAGCAUCCAGUUUAUAGGCCAAAAGUUUUUCCGAACGAAGGAGAGGAGGAAAUCUGCGAUUUAAUGAGACUGUGUUGGGAAGAAAUUGGAGCAUUUCGACCAAACUUUAUUACUAUUAGAGACUCAUUGACAAAGAUGAACAAAGGGAGGUAAGUUAAAUUGAGAAGUACUUCCCACAUACAGGAAUUAAGUUGAGCGGAAGUUUUACCUUAUUACUUUCCAUUGUUAGGAGAACCAACUUGGUAGAUCAAAUGAUGACAAUGAUGGAAAAAUACACCGACCAUCUUGAAGAUCUUGUUGAUAGUAGGACUCAACAACUGGCGGAGGAACAGAAGAAGACCGAAGAACUUUUAGGUCGUAUGCUACCCCGUCAGGUGGCUGAUCAAUUGAAGCUUGGUAAAACUAUAGCCCCUCAAUUAUUCGAAAAAGCGACAAUUUUCUUUAGUGAUAUUGUCGGUUUUACUGCUUUGGCAGCAUCUAGUACCCCUUUACAGGUUGUUGAUUUCUUAAACGACCUCUAUACGACCUUUGAUAAUAUAGUGGAAACUUUUGAUGUUUACAAAGUUGAAACAAUUGGCGAUGCCUAUAUGGUUGUUUCUGGCCUACCCACUCCUAAUGGCGAACGACACGCCGGAGAAAUAUGCACCAUGGCUUUGGAAUUACUAUCCUCUGUAAAACAAUUUAAGAUACGACAUUGUCCUAACAAACAGUUACAAUUAAGGAUUGGUAUUCAUUCUGGAUCGGUUGUUGCUGGAGUAGUAGGAUUAAAGAUGCCUAGAUACUGCCUUUUCGGUGAUACAGUAAAUUAUGCAUCCAGAAUGGAAUCAAACGGUCUGGCUUUAAGAAUUCAUAUAAGUCCAGAAUGUAAAAAAAUUCUCAACAGCCUAAAAGGUUAUAUAGUGGAAGAAAGAGGUGAAAUUAUGCUAAAAGGUAAAGGAAUAGUCCGAACCUAUUGGCUUCUUGGGAAAGAAGGAUUUAAUAAAGAGUUACCGGAUGUUAGAGAGGCCGCUCCUUUAGCAGAACAUGAGUUUAAAUAAAACAUUUUCUUAUUAAAUACUACACAAAAUUCCGCAAAAGCACAUAACAAUAAUGUUACAGUUAAAAUUUACGAAUAAAUUGCUCUUUUCUUUAUUAUUAAUCCAUAAUUCAAUGUAUUCUCUCUCACUCUCUCCUCCCUUUUUUUUUCAAAAUUAUAUUACUAUACUCUAAUAUAAAUCAUCUCCUAGCUAAUAGGUCAAUUCAAUAAAAUCCUAUUAGAGAGAAAAAUUCCUUAAGUAUAUCUUCUUUUUUUUUUAAGGGACUUGUAUAUUUUCUCUCUAUUUAUCUACACAAAUAUCAAUAUAUUCGUACUAGACCUAUUUUUAGUGAAAGGAAAAGGAGAUUAUUAUAUAUAUAUAUAAUAA